AUGGGGCAUAUAUUGUCUAUGUUGUACAAUGUACUUGAGUAUGCUGUGAAUGCUGUGUCAUUUUGGCGCCCCAGUGAACUUCAAUGUUUGAUAAAAGAUGUUGGCCUAGAUGCAGUCAAGUGGACCAAAAUAUUGAGGGAAGUGUUAGGUGUAAAUGACAUUUCGCAAUUGAAGGCUAUCACACAAAACGGAGCGGAAAUUCGAAAGGUAUUUGAACGUGCAGAUGAUUACGAAGUAAGUGGGCUGCAUGAAUUGCUCAAUAUUCCUCAAGAUGAAGAACAACCAAUCACAGAUUCAGAAAAUAAAUUAUGCAUGAGGCUGAAGGAGCUAGGAUUGAAUGAUCGUCAUUGGUUUAACAUACUGAAGACAAAAUUUGCAGUGUCAAAAAUGGAAUCAAUCAAACAUAUCGGACUAGAUUGCUUGAACGAAUUAAAACAUGUUUGUCAAACACGGAAUGAGAUAGUACAACUUCAAAACCUUUUUGGCAUACACAAUGAGUAUCCUUCAUUUGUAUUGCAUUUUGUUAACAUAAGAAACCGUAUUAGAUUAGUUAACGAAUGCAUUAAGCAAAUCGAGUCAUUUCUCACAGAUGGAAAAACAAGGUCUUGUAAAACUGUUCAUGUCACUGAGCAGUCAUUAAGAGAAAUCCUGCAGAUACCAUCAGCAAACUGGAUACGGCCAAACACCUCUCUUAAAAAAGUGUUACGAGAUUUGUCAAAAUUGGAAUGUUAUUUAGAGGCUCAGGAACCUACUUACAAACUGUCCCUCACAAGUCUUAUUCGAACAGCUUCGAGUGGGAGUUGCUUAAAAGGCGUUCUUUACACAGGAAAUGGAAUUUACGCUUUUCCCUCAGACAAUCUGUUAAAAGUUCCUUCAAAGGUUGUUCUUAAUGGACCAAAUUUACCGAAUACAGAUAUGGUUAUGAGUGGAAGUAAAGAUCAAGUGAAAUCAUUCAUUGAACAUGCCCACACAUAUGGAUAUAUUUCUGGAUCUGUGAAUCUACCUUCCAAAAAAGGAAAAGACAUAUCAACUGUGAAAAUGAAACAAUUUCCUAUUGCUUCCUUUACAUUCAGGAAGGAUGAGCUGAGAUUCAGUGAUAGUGCCCAAGAACAUCUUAAAAAAAUCAAUUCCAUGAGAGAGGUUGACGAAAUCAGAGUAAUGGAGUGCUGUAAAGAGUUUCUUAACACUUACGGAUCUCACAUUUUUCAAGGACCUAUUCAUUUUGGUGGAAUUCAAUGGAUUACUGCAGAAACUACACAGGCGGUCAUUGGUGGGGAUGUUGGUGUGCAAGCUAUCAAUCUACAAUCAAUAGAAGCAUUUAAGGAGGCACCAUUUGGCAGAUUUGCGUUUAAUGUUGAGUAUGAUGCUGGCAAAAUAAAAGGGAAAAUUAGAUCACAAUACUCUAGGUGUGUUGUGCUGACGACUACGGCCUCAGGUGGUCAUAGAACAUUUUCUUAUUUUCCAACGUGGAAACUGGGAAUGUCAGCUGACAUUAAAUCUUGGAAUGUAAUCGACCGAGGAACGGAAUUUCCUGUUGCGAUUUGGGAAAUUCUAGAAAAUUCCAAAAUUCAAAAUGCUAAAGCAAUAGGACAUUAUCUAUUUAAAGCUUGGGUGGAUAUGUCAAACGUUUACCAUAUCUUCACUAUUUCAUCUGAAUUAGAAGCUCUCAUAAAUGAGGUACAUACAUACGUAACAUCUUUAGAAGAUACUGAUCGCCAAUACUUAUUUCUUGAAAAAAUUCUUGAUAUAAAAGGGAAAGUUAUCAAGUGUACCAGAAGCAUUAGAGCAUGGUCCGAUAUUUUUAUUGGAAGCCAAGAUUUUGAUAUUAUUAUUUUUCUAAAAAAGUUCACAAAACCUACCAAACAGGACACCCUCGCCGUUAUUUUUAAGAUUAUCAACGACAACGAUAUGUUAAACCAGCCGUGUGUAUCAAAUGACAAGCUUAAUGAAUAUUAUAAGUGGCAGCAACUACUGAAACCAACAGAAAGAAAUGGUAGAAACACCAAAGACAUCUCCGAGUUCAGCGAUUUUGCUCUUCUUUUGGAACAAGCAAUAUGGGAUCUUGAAUUGAACGGACAUCGCCACCAAACAAUAUCAAAUGUUGCAUCAUACCUGUCGAGAGCAGUAAUUCGACUUGUUGAUGUUUUUUAUCGUCAAAAUCGCGUUUCAGAUGCUAAGCUUCUCUUUGCAUUAGUAACACCAUUGGGUUUUCAUGAAACGAUAGGAUUUCUUAGUACUAAACUUACUAUCGAAGACGUUACAAACCUUGAAGUUACUAUUAAAAACAACAUUUCCAUAUAUGCAAAAUUAAACGACAAGCAAAAGAUAUCUAUUUUUAUUAUUUCGGUUUUUUUGGAAAUGAUAUUGCUAAACGGCGACUGUAAUAAUUUGAAACACAAACUUCAGAAUUCAACAACUUACCAGGACUUACCAGAAAAAAUCAGAGACAAAAUAGACUCUUUGGACAACAAAGAUCCUGAAAAUUGGAGAGAAAUCUUAUUAUAUAUUCAUCAGUAUUAUGAUCAAGUAAGUGACCAUGAUCAAGAUAUGACCUUGCACAAUGCAUUGUACAAAGCUACACACUCUGACAAAGGGAGACGUGGAUUAAAGACAAGUAUUCCAAAAGCAUAUGAAUUAGAGCCUGACUGCCUUAAUAUUUUUAAACUGUUGGGUUUAAAACAAUAUUUUCCUAAGAAACUAUCUCGUCAGGAGGCUCUCCUCGUUUCACAAAAUGUAAUUUCACGUGAUCAUCUUCGAAACAGCACAAAUACUUCAAUGUAUGUGUUGCAAAGUCUUAUGGUAUGUAACUAUGAGGGACGAUCUUUCGAAGAAAAACAGAGAGCUACAAAUUUUUCCGGCAGAAGAAAGCUUUCAGUACUACUAAAUACACCUACAGUGGUAGAGGAGAACAGCGCAACGAACAUACAAGUUAAUCCUGCUGAUGUACUAAUCGCAUUGUUCAUGUGUGCAGACAAUUUCUUAAGGCAGGUAAUUAUGGAGAAACUAACAAUGUGUCAGUUUAGUGUACCUUUGCUUCUCCCAAUAAUUAUCGACGGUUGUCAAAAGUGUGAAAUGCUUCUUUGGGCGACAAGAACCAUCAAAAAACAAUGGAAAACAUGCUCAGGAUCAUCGUGUGAAAGAUCGAUGUCUAUGCACCCUCUGUCGAUCGUGUCUGCACUUCGCAUUGGCAAGCUUGGUAUAUCCAAAUCUAAUAUUCUCAACGCUGUUAUCAACGAUCAAAAACAUGGUGUCUUCUUUCAUUACGGAAGUAACGGUGGAACUAUAGAAAGAACCCUCUCGACCGGCGUAUUAGAAAUGACAUGGUACCUUCCAACUGGUAGAGACCAAGAUAAAUUCCCUGACGCUCUAGCAAUGAUGAAUUUACGAGGGAAUGCAUCCGAACUUAAGCAUCAAACAACCUUCUUAAAGGAAGUGUCAUUUGCAACUAUUGCCUUCAUCACCUCAGACGUGGUUGAUAAACAAGAAGUUGAUUUACUUGAGUCCUUGUACCAACAAAAUGGCCACCUAAUUCUUGUAUCGGAAGGAACACCUGGAAAACAUAUGAAGGACUUACUUCUUUCAUUGGAUCGGCGGUAUUCUGACACUUACGAUCAGUCAAAGCAGGUAGAAUUGAUAUAUACGUCCAGGAAAAAUACCUUGCACGUGAGUAGAGAAAUUGUGAAUUCUUUGAAUGAUAUGCUCUCUAAUGGUCGGUGUGGCGUACUUAAACGGAGUUUAGACGACUGUAAUGUUGUAGCGAGAAAGAUUGGCUUUUACGUUGAUGAAGAUACCCAAGAAUGUGUAGAUGCAAAAGAAAGCGCUGAAGAAACGUUGAAGAGUUUACAGUAUUACACAGGCCACAGUAGUGAUGCUGAUAAAAAGUCAAAAUUGCUACCUUUACAAAUGAUUGCAAUUAAAAUUGCUGAAAGAAAAAGAGAACAAUGUCAACUAAAACAGAAGGGAAAUAUGGUAGUAGAAAAAUAUAUUGCCAAGAUACAAUUAGAACUCAAUGAGCUACGAAUGGAACAAAAAUGUUAUUGUGAAACAUUUUCAAACCUGGUUGAGAUGUUUAUGAAAUCAUUUUCAUAUCCACCGCUAAAGAGAAAGUAUUUCUAUUGCUGGGUUAAAAUAAUGGCAGAUCAGUGUAGCAUUAAUCAACUGCAGCCAGUACGCGAGGAGUACAACAGUAAAUGGAACCAAUUAUGUGAUGCUCUUUACACAAAUAAAAAUCAACACACUCCAGAAACUGAAUUGUUGAAAAGGAAGCUCGAUGAACUCCAUCAGAAGCUUACUGACCUUUCCGUGGGGUUGGAACAUUUUAAUAGAGAGAUUGGACAGAUAUACGAAAUGAUAUUGCAUUUCAAAUUGUCACCGUCCUCAUAUUCGGUUCAGAGAUUUCCCAAUGUUGUCGCAGAUAUGUUACUUGAAGGACAUCCGUUAGAACUAAUGGAUGGUGAUGCGUCGGAUGUUCCUAUAGCUUGGAUAAAGAAUGUUAUGUCGUGCCUUCAAGACAGAAUUGGCAAUAAACACUUGUUCGUGCUUUCUGUAUUAGGUGUACAAAGUACUGGUAAAUCCACUAUGCUAAACGUAAUGUUUGGUUUACAGUUUGCCGUUAGUGCUGGUAGGUGUACGAAAGGUGUUUUUGUUCAGCUAGUUCAGCUACACACAGACCUACAACAAUCAACCAAAUGUGAUUAUAUCAUGGUGGUUGAUACAGAAGGUCUGCGUGCUCCAGAGUUAGCUAGUAUUGAACAUACAAACCGUGUCAAUGAAAUUGCUACAUUUGUAAUUGGUUUAGGUGACGCUACUAUUAUCAACAUAAUGGGAGAAAAUCCAAGUGAUAUGCAAGACACCUUGCAAAUUGUUGUUCAUGCAUUAAUGAAAAUGGAAACUGUAAAAAUAAAACCCAGUUGCCUAUUUGUACACCAGAAUGUUGCAGACGUAACAGCCUCCGACAGAAAUACUGCACAAAGAAGGAAAAUGACGAGAAUGUUGGAUGAAAUCACAAAAAUUGCUGCCAAGGAAGAAAACUGCAGCGAGAAAUAUGAGGUAUUUUCUGACGUAAUAAAUUUUCAAGAAAAUAAGCACGUGAUGUAUAUUUCUAGUCUUUGGCAAGGAGAUCCACCAAUGGCCCCUCCAAAUCCAGGUUACAGUUCGUGUAUUCUACAAGUAAGGGAAAAGGUCAUCGACCUAAUGCAAAACUGUGAUUGUCAAACAAUCAGUGAUUUCAAUCAUAGACUAUCUGAUCUUUGGAAAGCGAUAAUUUCUGAAAACUUUGUAUUCAAUUUCAGAAACACACUCGAAAUCCAGGCGUUUAAUGCUCUUGAAACAGAAUUUGUAGAGCAUUCCCGUACCGUGAGAAGAGAUGCAAUGAUUUGUGUCAAUGAGCUUCGAAUUGAAUGUAAUAAACUAAGACCUUCGGUACUAAAGGUGGACUGCGAGAAAAUACUAGCCAGACACAGUACUACAUUAGAAAAAGCAAUAAAGACAUUCGAAAACAAAAUGAAUAAUUAUUUUGGAUGCAAACCGAAAGCACGUCAAUGGAAAAGAAAAACAGAGUUAAGGAUGAACGAAUUGUGUCAAGACCUGAGAAAAUCUCUAAAGAGUGAAUUGAUGGCGAUUAAGAAAAAGGUUAUUGGUAGAGCCAAAAUUGAUUCUGACAUUAAAACAUAUGAAAAAGAAAUUCUAAAAAAGGCCAAGGAUCUUGCUGACGAGCUUAGAAGAACUACAGAAACAGAUAAGAAUUUUACGGAAGAAAAACUUAAAAGGGAGUUUGAUGAAAAGUGGUUCGAAUGGGUUUCUGAUAUACCUAAUCAAGAUGAUCGCGUAAACAUAACUUCGACGUUUGAAAACAUAUGGCAAGAAUCAUUUCAUGCGAGUGGUAAUAUUGUGAAUGAAAUUUUGAGGGAACGGACAUAUGUUAAUGAUUUGGCAGAGUCAGAUAUCGAGUUGAUAAAGUGGAGAGAUUAUAUUCCUCUUAUCGGUUGCUCUAUAGCCUCAUGUGCUGAUAUUGCCUAUAAUAAUAUAUUAUCAAUAAAGUCAGACUCUGAAAGAAAGAUUGAAACCUUUCCAAGUGAGGGAAAAACGUUCACAGACGAAGUCGGCAGAGUCCUGUUUGACUUUGUUUUAAAUCGACUAAAUGAUGUGAAGAAGACACAAAAGUACAAGUUUAAAAAGAGAGGAUUGAUUCGAAAUACGAUACACAUUCUGUGGUAUUUAUUUGGCCAGCUCAAUCAUCUUCAAGAGACAUAUAGAAGAGAAACUGACCUCAAACGAUACAUGGAAUCACAAAAGGACAGAUUAUGGCAAAUGUUUAGAGAUCAGGUUACUAUUGUAAAAUUUAGUGUGUUUGCAAGUAACGCAGUUUCUCGUGAUCUGACAAAUGCCAUAAAAACAUCUCUUACACAAAAUUGCAUAACAGGAAUCAUAGACCAUGUACGCACAUCCCGAAGUCGAACAUUCGCAAAUAAAAUGAGUUACCAUGCACAAAUAUUGAUAGACUUGGCAGAUGAUAAGGAUUUUAAGGCAUUCCGAAAAUACUUGGCAGAUCCGUCAAGAUUUAUGGAAAUUAUGAUAGGACACAACUUGAGGGAAUUCUGCACUACAGAAACAGAAGAAAGGGAAACUGUCUUCGGGAGAAUAUAUUCCAAAAAGGUCACUGAACUCUUCAGCAUAGCAAGAACAGCAAUCCAUGAUACUUGCAGAAGCUUUGCCUCGACAUGCACUAUGGGCGCUUGGUGGUCGAAAUUACUUAAACAUAUCGGGAAUAGAUUGGACUUAAAACCUGAAAUAGGUUUUCUUAACAACGACGACUUAUUUGACGUGAAAGAGAUGUAUGCUAACCUUUUAAUCGAAUUUAAAAAAUCUGAAGAAGAAAUGGAGGAAGCAGUCAAUUUUAAAUUGUUCACUAAACUGAUUGAACCUUGUAAACAGUUUUUUAAAAGAGAUCUCCUCGGUUGUCUUAAAUUAUGUCCAUUUUGUAAUGCACCAUGUGACCUUCAAUCUGGUGACGAAUAUGAUGACCAUCGUACAGAGUACCAUCGACCACAAGGAGUGGCUGGGUAUCAUUGGGAAUUCACUAAGAAGCUUAAUGUCGACGUAUGCACAUCAUCUGUAAUGACAGAAAACAGAUUCAAAAAUAUAGACACUGAACACAAAUGGCAUCCUUACAAAGAAUACCAAAGUGUUAAUGAAUACUACAAAGCCUGGAAAAUCCAGCCGAUAGCAGCAGGGUCACAAUUGUACUGGAAAUGGUUUAUGGCAACCUACAACGAAGAACUUGCUGAAUACUAUGAUUGUAAACCAGGAGAUAUUCCAGAUGAAUGGGAGCAAAUUAGCUGGGAAACAGCAAAGGCCGACAUGAUAGACACUUACAAUCUAUAA